AUGCAAAGUUAUGUGAAGUUUAUGAAGGAAAUUUUGUCACUUACUAAGGAGUGCAGUGCAAUAAUCGAAAAGAAGAUACCUCCCAAGCUCAAGGAUCUGAGAAAUUUCAACAUUCCUUGUACUAUAGGGAAUGUGGUUUUUGAGAAAGCACUAUGUGAUUUAAGGGCAAGUGUGAAUUUAAUGCCUUUAUCUGUCUAUCAAAAACUGAAAUUGGGAGAAGAGAAACCCACAACUGUGACGCUUCACAUGGUGGGUCGCUUAGUCAAACACCCUCGUGGAGUGAUUGAAGAUGUUCUGGUAAAGGUGGACAAAUUCAUAUUCCCUGCGAAUUUCAUUAUUCUAGAUAUGGAGGAGGAUGCAAACAUCCCAAUAAUUCUUGGAAGGACAUUCUUGGCUACUGGAAGGGCAUUAAUCGAUGUACGAAAGGGUGAGUUGAAGCUGCGAGUGCAAAAGGGGGAGGUAACAUUUAAUGUCUUUGUAGCAACAGAAAUUCCAACUUGUUGUAGACUUGAUGUGGUAAAAAGAAGAGAUAAUGAGUUGGAAGUUUCUAAGCAAGGGUCCAUGACUAAAUGUGGUAUGCAAAAAGUGCGUCAUCGUUUGAAAAGAUUCUUUAGUUGGAAGAUUAGAAUGUUACAUGAGUGA